AAAUAAGCCACGACGAUCCUUGAGGUCAUACAGGUCACUGCCAGCCAGCCAGCCAACCAGCCAACCAAGUACCAACCAUUUCAAUUUCCCCAUGAUCUCGCACCAAUCACUCUACAAUUUGACCAAUUUGCUUGGCAUUCUCGCUUUCGUCACGGUAAUAGGAUACCACAUAGUUGUUGUGAAUGCUCGGCAUUUUAUACAACAAAAAGCCCAGUAGCGAUUUCCCCACUAUUGUCAUUCUAAUUUGAAUUUCGGUCGUUCAUUAAUCAGAAAUCAGACAUGUUUCAUGGAUCUCUAUAUCACAUUUGGUUUCCAUGAAGAUGGCAUUGGUCGUCUGGACUGAGAACGUGGCAGCUGGGUCCGUCCGACAAACAUUGUGGCUUCCAUGCAUUGUUACACGUUACACGUUAUACGCAUCCUACAUCUAUGGAAUGAACACUGUCUACAAACCUUGAUGCAUGGUG